AUGUCCACUCAAAUAAAAUUAAAAGAUGAUAUUUCAAUACAGCAUGAAUCAAUACAAGUAGACAUGAGAGAUUCACUAACUACACCCCAUUCUGAUCCAACAAAUCCAUUUGCAUUCACUCCAGAUCAAUUGGCUGCCUUACAAGACCCAAAGAACAUAGAAUUACUCCAUACGUUUGGAGGUUUAGAAGGUGUGGCUAAGGGUUUACAGGCUGAUGUCCAUCAUGGUCUUACACCCAAUACAACACACCAGCAACAUAUCAGUCUAAAAGAUGUCACAUCAGAUGCAAGUAAAUUAACAGUCGUCCAUACACCCAGUGAGAUACAUGAAAAACCUCAACUAAAAAAAUCAGCCACUUUCUUAUCCACACAAGAACGCCAUAGUCUAUUCAGCCAACGUGUGUCUGUGUUUGGUGCAAACACACUCCCUCCUGUCAAAGCUAAAAAUAUCUUUCAAUUGAUGUGGAUGGCCUUUCAAGACAAAACACUUAUCUUAUUAAGUGUGGCUGCUGUGGUUUCUUUGGCUGUAGGCAUUUAUGAAGAUAUUGCUGUGCCCGAAUAUGAUGCUCAAGGAAAUAAAAUUGCUGGUGUCAAAUGGGUCGAAGGUGUUGCUAUCAUUGUUGCUAUUUUGAUUGUUGUCCUUGUUGGCAGUGUCAAUGAUUUUCAAAAAGAAAAACAGUUCCGUAAACUGAAUGCUAAAAAAGAUGACCGAGUUGUCAAGGCUACUCGAGAAGGCCAAACCAUUCAAAUCUCUGUCUAUGAUAUUCAAGUAGGUGAUGUCCUUCAUCUUGAACCAGGUGAUAUUGUUGCUGCUGAUGGUAUCUAUAUUGAAGGCCAUAAUGUUCGCUGUGAUGAAUCUGCUGCGACAGGUGAAUCAGACGCUGUUCGCAAACAACCAUUUGAAGCUUGUUAUCGAUUGAUGCAUACUGAAGAAGAAAAAAAUACCCAGUUUUUAUCUGUUCCUCAUACCAACGAUGCUGCUGCUGCUGCUUCUUCUUCCUCUUCUAUGCUCAGCAGUGUUGAGAAAUCAACCGUAGUCGACCAUCAUAAAUCUUAUCCCGAUCCAUUUAUUAUCUCUGGCUCUAAAGUCUUGGAAGGUGUCUGUACCUAUCUUGUGACAGGUGUCGGUGUGAACUCAUACCAUGGUCGCACCAUGAUGGCUCUCCGUACAGACAAUGAAACCACACCCUUACAAGAAAAACUCAAUGGCUUGGCUGGUAUGAUUGCCAAAUUGGGUUCUGCUGUCGGCCUUUUAAUGCUGAUUGUCCUUUUGAUUCGUUAUUUUGUGAACUGGAAAUUCGAUGGUAUUCCUACAGUGGCUACUGAGAUUGUUCAAAGCGUCAUGGGUAUCUUGAUUGUAGUGGUCACCAUUGUAGUAGUUGCUGUUCCCGAAGGUUUACCUUUGGCUGUCACUUUGGCGCUUGCUUAUGCAACACAACGUAUGUUGAAAGAUAACAACUUGGUGCGUGUACUGGCUGCUUGUGAAACCAUGGGCAAUGCUACCACUGUCUGUUCUGAUAAGACAGGUACCUUAACACAAAACAAAAUGACGGUGGUUGUCGGUACUUUGGGCUCUUCUUUUCGAUUCAUUCAAGAUCCUCCUAGUAACCGUGUUGACCUCAUCGAUAUCCAAGCCGUAGCUCAAAAGGUACCUAAUCCCAUCUUACGUCUUGUGCAUCAAGGUAUUGCUGUCAACUCGACUGCGUUUGAAUCCACAGAUGAAGAUGGUCAAAAGCAAUUCGUCGGCAACAAGACUGAAACCGCCUUGUUACAGUUUGGCAAGACCACGGGUUCUGAACCCUUUGAGACAUUGCGUACCCAAUGGCCUGUUGAACAAGUGUUUCCUUUUAGUUCUGAACGUAAGGCCAUGGUCACCAUCAUUCGUAUGCCUCAUCCUACUGAACAAGGUCGCUUUGUCUAUCGUGCUCAUGUCAAGGGUGCCUCCGAAAUAUUGGUCCAAAACUGCCGUGAGAUCUUGACGUUGAACGCUGCUAAAUACAAGUCUUCAGAAGACAUCAAGACACGCCCAUUCACACAGGAGGAUCGCCAUAGAAUUGAACGUAUCAUUCAAAGCUAUGCCACGCGCAGUCUUCGUACAUUGGGUCUUGCUUAUCGUGACUUUGAUAGCUGGCCGCCAAAGAACGGACAUGCCAAGACGGUCGGUACUGAAACCGAAGUGCCUUAUGAAGACAUCAUUGAAGGUCAAGGUCUUACUCUGAUUGGUAUUGUGGGUAUUGAAGACCCUCUUCGUCCUGGUGUCAAAGAAGCUGUGAAGGCCUGUCAAAGAGCUGGUGUCUUUAUCCGUAUGGUCACGGGUGACAACGUCGUCACAGCUAAAUCGAUUGCUAAGCAAUGUGGUAUCUAUACACCAGGCGGCAUUGUCAUGGAAGGACCUGUGUUCCGUAACUUACCUCCCAGUCAGAUGGACGCCAUCUUGCCUCGUCUUCAAGUCUUGGCUCGUUCAAGUCCUGAAGAUAAACAGAUCUUGGUCGGUCGUCUUCGUGAACUAGGUGAUAUUGUCGCCGUCACUGGUGAUGGUACCAACGAUGGUCCUGCGCUUAAACUGGCUGAUGUGGGCUUUUCGAUGGGUAUUGCUGGUACUGAAGUGGCCAAGGAAGCCUCAAGUAUUAUCUUGAUGGAUGAUAAUUUCUCCAGUAUCGUCAAAGCUAUCAUGUGGGGUCGUUGUGUGAAUGAUUCGGUCAAGAAGUUUUUAGAGUUCCAAAUUACGGUCAAUAUCACGGCUGUCAUCUUGACCUUUGUGUCUGCUGUGGCCAGCCAUUCUCAAAAAUCUGUCUUGACAGCUGUUCAAUUGCUUUGGGUUAACUUGAUCAUGGACACUUUUGCUGCUCUUGCUUUGGCUACGGAUCCUCCUACAGAAGAAUUACUUGAACGAGGCCCUGAAUCUCGUUCUUCUCCCUUGAUUACGUUCAAAAUGUGGAAGAUGAUUAUCGGUCAAGCCAUUUUCCAGAUUGUAGUCACGAUUGUGUUAUUGUACAGCGAUGUACUUCAUUACGAAUCUGAUGACCCUAUCUUACAGACUAUUGUGUUUAACACCUUUGUGUUCUGUCAAAUCUUUAACGAAAUCAAUUGUCGUCGUAUUGAUUCUAAACUGAAUGUGUUCCACAAUAUUUUGGCCAAUCGAUUCUUUAUGUUCAUCUUUGUGUUCUGUAUUGCACUUCAAUGUAUCAUUGUCAAUUUUGGUGGUACUGCUUUUCAGGUAGUGCGUAUUGAUGGUGUUGGCUGGGCUAUUUCGAUCGUGGUCGGUCUUUUGGCUCUCCCUAUUGGUGUUGUGAUUCGAUUGAUUCCUGAUGAAGUCUUUGGAUUUGUGUUUAUGUUUAAUCCUAAGGCACGUCAACGAUAUCUUGGUGGUAGCCAUGAACAAGCAUCUCCCAGUGUGUAUGUAGCUGGUAAUGAACGUGUGGCAUGGCAUGGUCCUACUUAUGAAAAGCAACAAGUGGAAAUGGAUGAAGCAGUUCCUGCUUAUUCACCUCCUAUCAUUGAUAUGAAAGAAACCGCCUUUGAAGAACAAAACCAAGACACUGUGCUUUCUUCUGGUUCCUUAGACUCAAUUCAACGCAAUCAUUAA